AUGCGGAAUUAUUGUCACACCUCUCUGAUAACGGCUCUCUGCUGGAAAGUCUUCGGAAUCACCGAAAAUGGCAAAUACAUUGUGUCUGCAAUGUGGUUGUCGUUGUGGGCAGCCUCAUCUCCCCUCGGUGGUGUCAUCGGGGCUCUGAUCGCUGGCUGGGGUCAAGAUCGUUUUGGUCGUCGAAAGACCUUCGUUAUCGCUUCAAUCUUCCAAGCUGCAACGAUUACCAUUUGUUACCUAGCAAGCCAGGUCUCGGGCUACCACGCGAAGAAUGCAGUCUACUUCGUCGGAAAGACCAUCCAUGGGACUGCAGUUGGCGUUCUGAUCCCUUGCGCCCAAGUCUACGCGUCUGAGGUUUUGCCUGUUCAACUCCGUGGUUCCAUUCAAUCACUUCUCAUGCCCUUCAAGCUGCUAGGACAGCUCGUCGCGGCAGUGGUCAUCCGUUCAGAGGCCUCCAACCCAAAUCCAAAUGCCUACCGGAUUCCGAUUGCUAUGCAAUGGGUAUUUUCAAUCAUUCCACUAGGUCUGUGUGUUGUCCUCCCCGAAAGCCCAAUCUGGCUCAUGCGCAAAAGUCGCUGGGAAGCUACGGAGAAGGCUGCCGCGAGACUUGAUGGCCAGGAGCUUAAGCACGAGGGCACAACAUAUAUCGACAUCUUCCGAGGUCCAGAAAACAGGAGGCGGACUUUCAUCGUUGCCUUUGCCGGCAUGGUUCCACCACUCACAGGCCUACCUCUGCUGGGCCACAGCUCGUACUUCACUCAGCUGCUCGGUGUGACCGCAGAAAAUGCCACUACUGUCUUCAUUGGUGGCGUGGUCGCAGGCCUGAUUGCCAAUUUUGUGGCAUUCUACUUUCUUACCAGAAUCGGGCGCCGCCCGUUGCUUAUCACGGGCAUGGCUGUGGUGGGCUUCUUCUACCUGACAACUGGGAUCGUUGCAAUAUGGCCAGGAGACCCUGCAGCUUGGUAUACUGCAGCCGCCUGGACUACGAUCACUAUCAUCGCUGGGUUGAGCGCCUGGCCUGCAUGCUACGCUGUAGCGGGAGAGACAUCUUCAUUGAUGCUGAGAGGAAAGAACUCUGGCGUAGGCUGGUUUGCAAAUGCUUUAGCCACGUUCAACCUGGCUUUGGUCUAUCCCUACAUUUACAAUCCGGAUGUUGGAAACCUUGGAGGCAAGACCUCCUUCGUUGCCGCUGGACUUUCACUUAUAGGAUCGCUAAUUGCCUGGUUCAUCGUUCCCGAGAUGAAGAACAGAACGCCCAUCGAGAUUGACCGAAUGUUCGGAGCGCGUUUGCCGACCCGGAAGUUCCGUAGUUAUGAUCCAGCGAGUUCUCCAUAA